AUGGAGGACCCGGUCGCAGAGGGCAGCCGGCUGGGCAAGAUGGCCAUCCAAUCCGAUGCCGCCGGCGACUACAAACAAGCCUAUUACCUCUACCAGGAGUGUCUUAAACAAUACGUCGAGGCGCUCAAGGCCGAAUCCCAAGAAGACCGUAUCGAAUGGACCUACGAACAAGUCCUCAUCCGCUUCGAGCGUCUAGCCGAGCUGAACGCGUGGUAUAAGCGGAAGAACCAACUGGAGUCUGGAUGGCUGGAACUCGAUGAUCUGAGGGAUAGGUUGGAGACCGUUGCGCCUAAGAUUUCGACUAAAUUGCGCAAGUUUUCUUACGUGUCUGUGGCAUCGGUGCCGGAUACUGCUCAGGGGAAUUCGGCUGCCGUGUCGUCGCCGUCACAGGCCCAGUCGCAGCUGGCUAGUGGCGGUCCUGGUGGUGCUGGAGGAGUAUAUCACUCGCCGCCUGCGAGUGAGACGCCGUCGCAGGUGUCAGCUGGGGGGUAUGGCAGUCCUCAGGCGACAUCGCCAUAUUCGCAGCAGCCUGUACCACCCCCUCAACAGCCGGCCCAGCAGCCCCCUCAGCAGCAAUUCCAACCACCAGUGCAGCAGCAGCAACCACCCGUUCAACCGCAGAUUCAGCAACAGCAGCAACCACCAGUCACUUCCUACCCUCCAACUGCCGGCGGAAUUCCUCCAAACCCGGCUCAGUACAAUGGCGAGCAUGUUCGAAGAGAGUCAAUUGCUAGCUCUGGUGGCCAUCAAUCCCAACCUCCUCAGCACCUAGGCUACAAUCACCAAGGCGCCAAUGGUGUAGCCUCGCCCCAGCAGUAUCAAUCAGGCAUCCCACCAAACCCCGCCACUCAAUAUGGUGCCCAAAGCCCCAGCCCAUACGGUGGCGCAUACCAAUCUCCCCAAAUUGGCUCCUCCCCUCCCACCUACCCUCCGCAACAAGACCCCAAUCAACUCACCCGCGUCGGCACCUUCCCCGCAGGAGUUCCCCAGCAACAGCAACCCGUAAUCCAAACACCGGACCCACGAACCUACCUCCUAACUCCAUUCCUUCGUCUUUCUCUGCCCGUAAAAAUGUACCACUGCUAUGGCGCCGCUCAAAGAUACCGUGGUGGCGCAGAAGGAUGGAACAUAGAAAUCAAAGAUGGUUCCAAAAACCCCAUCUACUACCUUUACGGCCUCAAACAGGCCAAUGCCACUCUCGUUGAAAUGUCACUACACCGUGAAGACGGCAAGAAGACGAGAUGUAUGGAUAUAUAUACACCGGCCCGUGAAGGACGACAAGUUUUUAAUAUCGGAGAUAUGACGUAUAAGCACUACCUCCCUACCCCUGUCGACAUCUAUUCUCAAGGAGAAACGAUUCCAAAUGGCCCCAGGAAACGGAUAUUCACCUUCUCGGGCCGAAGGUUCAUGUGGAGGCCAGACACUCAAAGCAAUAGCAAUCUUGUCAACGAAAGCCUUUACGAGAUAGACGAUGGACCGCAGGGUUUCAGACCUACGCAGGCAGGUGGACUGCUCGGAGAUGGAAAGCCACUGGAGACGAAGCUUGCGUGGUAUGAGCAUACCAUGGCAAGAAAGAAGUUGGGAAGAAUCAACGUGGUUGCAGGUUUGGAGUUGGGUAUUGAGGAGAUAUUCCUGGGUACUAUGUUGGGACACCUUUGUACUAUGUGGGAGGCAACGAGAAAAGGGAUAUAA